UUUCCGGGCAGUUGGAUAUGGCACAGUCAGCUCUCCGACGAAUGGGACGCGUUUCAGGACAUACUUGCGCGCAAGGACAAUCUAAUCCAGGCUGAGGUGGCUGCGCUGCGUCGCAAGAUUGAAUCUGAGGAGACGUCAGUGUCAGAGCGCAUUGGCACUUUGCUGACUGAAUGGGACCAAGACAAGCCCAUCCACGCAGACACAGCCCCAGAAGUCAUCACCAAGACGCUGGAUUCCUUCGAUGGUACGUAUCAUUGUAAAUACUAG